GGGUUAUAGUCCAUCCCCCAAAUGAAACUAUUAUAUUCCCAAUUAAAACAGAACCGAAAGUACGUCCGAGUUAUUUGGCUUGGCCCAUGAUCACAUCGUUAUUUGCCUGCGAUGCUUAUAUUCAAUAAACGCCUGGCCCUUUUUUUAACCCAUAAAAAGCCAAACAUAAAAGAGAUCCGAAAUUAAACAGUGGUAUACGUUAAAUGCAGAUGUGUCGCAUCAGAGCAAUGUGGUUCUUACGGGGAAAGGGUUUUUUUUUUUUUUUUUUUUUUUUUUUUUUUUACAAGAGCUUUAAAGGGAGGGGUGGAAUGUUAGUUUGUUUGUGACAUCACAAGCGAGGGGGCCCAAUCAGAAUUGAGAAUUAGACAAUUAUUUAGUGGGCAGGCUCCUAUAAUAUACUGUACUCUGGAGUUUUCUUGAAAGAAAGAAAUAAAGCCCAAAAGGUAGAGGUAGAUGUAAAGAUGCUGGGGUGUUUUGUGCUUUUCUUACUAGAUAUUUUCGCUUUUUAUCUAAAUGCAUGUAUUAAAAGAUGGAUUGUGGAUGAUAUAAGUGGGUGUAUUUCCCCUAUAUGUAGCAUUAGCUUUCUUUAAUUUAAUAUUUUAGUUAUUAGUGUGUUUUUUGUUAUUAUUAUUCCUUGAGUAUUGUAUUUAUUUAUUUAUUUAUUUAUUCAUAUUUAACAAAAAAAAAGAAAAAUCUGGAUUUGUUGCGUCCGAAGUAUGCAGCUGCAAACAACGGUUACAUUUUCUAACAUUUUGCAACAUCUACGAUUUUUUUCACCACUGUGGAGCAUACAAAACAAGGGAAGAACUGCUUUCAAUCUGAAAUUAUUUUAUAUUCUUAUUAAUACUACUGUUAUUUAAAUAGCUUUUUUUUUGUUUGUUUGAUUUAUUUUAUUUUAUUUUAUUUUAUUUUUUUGUAUAUUGAGGUGCACGUCAUGAAGACAAAUGCAAAUGGUUGAAACCAUUCUUAUGAAAAUGAAAUAUAACUGCAAUUCUAAAAAUGAAGCAUUUCAAACCGGAUAUCAAGAAAUAGAGGGGAUCAACAUGGGGUUCUUGAGAAUCAAGGGGAGGCAGAUGUUUGCGCUGGCGCAGGUUUUCAGUGACCUGUUUAAAGAUAUUCCCAGGACUACGGUCAACAAAAGAAUGGAGGUUUUAAACAUCCGUAGCCGGCGCUGUGAUAUUCAAGAGCUCCGGACUCUAAAGGCCAUUCAUUCCGUCCCGGUGCGAGCUGUGAAAUGCUCCCUGAUUACCAAAGAAGAUCUGGAGGCUUUGUGCGCAUCCUGCCAGACCCUGAGCCCAAAGAAAAGAAGAAAGAAAAGAAAAUGCAAAAAGACGGAAAACGACAGUUCAUCGGACACGCUUUCUACCAGGCUUUGCAAAAAAAACAAUACUGAUGCCAAGACACUUCUUGCCAAAGACAGUGCUGUGCUGACUGUCGCUGGCGCCGCACAGCGAGCACGGCGGCUCCGACAGCUCCACUCAAAACCAGCUCAAAAUUUCUCCAAAUCUAAAAACACCGGGAGCAGUCAACUGCUGGAACCCGUUACUAGAGACCUCAGAAACUAUGAAAAAGUUGCAAAAGGACUAAACUGUUACGGUUUGAAAGGGGUAAAUGGGAUUCUUCCACAAGCCUUUGUGGGCACCUACCCGAAUAAGACGCUCCACUCCGCCAUUGCAGGAAACGACUGUAGCAAGACCAGCCUUCCGCUGUGCUUAAGGGGCAAAAAUCCUUGUUACAGCCGCUAUGAGGAGUACUCAAACGGGUGUGUGAAAAAACGUGAUUCGCCAGCGCUGCUGAUGGGCAAUAAAUCCUUGAACUUUGCAUCAAAGAACGGGAAAAUCGGUGGUGUGAGUGCGGGCGGGUUAAAGAAAGCGCACUGCGCUCAGGGUACAUCUGCGGGAUACUCCAGCGAUUCCGAGUCCAGUUUAGACCUCGAGAAGGAUUCCGAUUUCGGCUCCAGCUUCCAGUCUACCUCUACAGAAUCUUCAGAUGAAGACGACCACCUCGACGGGAUAUCCGCCCUGUCGUCCAGCAGCGAGGAGGGCAGCUCGUCCGAAUCCGACUCGAGUUCGGUCUGCAGCGGGGACUCGGUGCAGAGCACCCGCUACAGACAAGCUGCCUUGCCGACCCCCAUCUCCAGGUUUCAGCUUCCCUCAAGCAGGGACGCAGAACAUGAAAAACCUGCAAGCAGGCUCCUAUCCACUGAACCCCCCCUGGAAAUAAAAACCGAGCCCCCCUGCCUUGACCCUGGCUUUCUUUUACCGGAGCAGCACGGGCAGCGUUGGGCAACUUGCACCCCCACUUUUAAUUGUUCAGAAGAAAUAAUAAAACCCGAACCAAACUGGGCUGCUACGACUGGAUCGUGUUUAACAGCAGAAACUGAAAGAAAACGAGAUCAUGCGGCAGCAUUCAUUGGUGACCGUGCAAAACAUGGGGCCUCACCGCUUCGCCCUCAGGGGCGCAUAGAGCCUUCACAACAAAAGGCCCCUUCUUUAGACCCCCAGGGAGGCUUCGAGGCUGCUCUUCCACUUCUUAAAAAUGGGAACUAUUUGCACAAAGGUUCACCAGACAAUGGGACCUCGUUAGGCAUCGCUGACCAAGCAGAGAGCCAAAUUAAAGCCUUAUCCCCGGAAUCUGCUUUCCAGAACGCACCUUCGUGCAGCAGCGGGGCCCCCAUUCAAGCGGCUGUCCAAAACUGCACAGGAACUGACCGCAUUUGCAUUGUCGCUGAUCCCGCGGGGGACAUCAAAGAGCAACGCAAGGAUAAGUUCGAGAGGCUUAUUAGGACGUCUAAAUUGUGGUGCUACGCCAAAGGGUUUAAUUUUGAUGGAAAAAACGCAGGUUACACAACCGCCGCUGCUUAUGAAGCCGCUGCGAGGGUUUUUAAGAGUAAAGUGUCUAAAAAUCACUCGGGGGGUGCGGCUGCUGCCGCUGGCGGUGGAGGCGGGGGUUCAUUUUUCAAAACUUUUAACUCUCCCAAAUCCAAAGGCCGAUCUACCUUGUCAAGCAAGGCUUUUAAAGUCAAUGGCCUGGAAAGGAAUUUGAAAAGGAACCGGGCUCCCAAACGCAACGACGCGGAACGGAAACAAAGAUGUACUAAGGGGGCUUCAAAAAGAGGCAAAAAAGCAAAUAUCAGAAAUGCUGCUAAAGCUGGCGCUGCUGCUGCUGCUGCCUUUUCCUGUAAACGCAAAGCCAGCGGCGGCAGCGCGCCAUCGACCCCCGUUAAAAGACCCUUUUCUUUGCUGGAUAGUUUCACCUGCCCCCCCUCACUCGUUGUCGGAGAAGACGGAGACUUAAGUCCUGCCUAUUCACUUUGUUCUAAAAAUUGUUUACCGCGUCAAAAAGCGCACUCUUCGUGCCGCAUGUGGCAACUGGGAGGAAGUGCCACUCCGGUGCCUCCCAGUCAUAAAUUCAGGGGUUAUAAUUUAGAAGAUUAUUGACGCUCACUGGCCUGCCCUAAACUAUUACUUACAAUGUUUACAUGCAACA